AUGGCGAGGGACGAGGUGCCUGUGAUGGAUAUGCAAAAGGGUGAUGGAUUGGCUGAGGAAAUAAUGAAGGCUUGUGAAGAAUGGGGUUGUUUUAGGAUGGUCAACCAUGGUGUUCCGGCGGGGCUCAUGGCCGAGAUGAAGGCGGUGAUCGCCUCACUUCUUAGUCUUCCCGAUGAGAUCAAGAAACGGACGGUUCAUAGCGAACAAGGUAAGGGCUACCUGCAACGCAACCCAGGAACUCCAUUUUUCGAGACUUUAAGCAUCGACGAUAUCUUUUCACCCGAUGAAUUCUAUGAUCGCCUCGAAGCCUCCCCUCACCAACGGGAUAUCAUUAACACGUAUAUGAAAGCUACUCGUGAUGUGGCCAGACUUCUUGGCCAGAAAUUAAUGGAAGGUAGUGGUUUAGCCGGAGAUUUAUUUGACGAAUAUUGUUGCCAAAUGAGAAUGAACAAAUACCAUUAUUUCCAAGAAAGCGUAGGGUUAAGCGGCAUCGGCAUGCACUCCGACCCUACAUUUCUGACCAUUUUACACGAUGACGAAAAGGUAAACGGUCUGCAAGUGGUUGAUAAAUACUCCGGUGAGAUAAUUUCUGUAGAUCCCGUUCCCGGUACAUUAGCUGUGAAUAUCGGCGAUAUUGGAAAGGUAUGUUGGUAAUUUGCAGGGUCAACAAAGUCUUUUUACCAAGACAAGAAACAGGACACAAGAAAGUGACAGGCACAGGGGACAAAAACUUGUGAAUAACAGGAAGGGCAAAACUGGAAAACAGCUUUUUUCAAGUCUGUACAGUGGAUAAAAGAUUAUAAGGAAGAAGUGGGACAAAACAGGAAACACACACAGGGUAGAGGCAAAAAGCUGCACAGUUUUAUUCAUAAACUUGGAA